AUGAGCUAAGAUAAACAUAGUAUAGACUGGGAUUAAGAUUAAGAGGAAAUUAUUAGAUUUUUUCUAUAAGAUCUUUAAAGUCAAAUCCAUAUUCCAUUUGCUUAAAAAAGAAUCAUUUAAGGAGUUGAAGAGGAUCCUGAAAUUGAGCUAAGGUUUGCUGUUUAAGAGGUCAUUCAAAGGGAAGAACAAAUAAAAUGCCUAAUUGAAAUAUCUAAUAGCUUAUUGAACAAAAUUGACGAAUAAGCUCUAAAGAUAGAAGAUAUACAGCAUAAGCUAGAUAGUCAAAAUUAAUAAAUACAACUCUAAAUUGAAUAUGUUAUUGAAUUAUAAAGGAGAGUAGACGAAUAGCGAGAUUAAUAUAAUUAACUGGAAGAGAAAUUUAAUUACACAGAAAACGAGCUUUGUUAGAAAAAGAUAGAAUUAGUAACUGCUAACAGCAGUCUGUAAAAGUUAGAGAGAAUAGAAUAAAAAUACUCUGAAUUUGAAAUAAAAGAGCAAUAUGACACCAUCACUUUAUCUAUGUACAAAGUUAAAGUUGAUUAAAUUUAAUAAAUAAAUUAGUCCAUUGCUCAUAACUUAGAAUUGACUAAGCAGUAAAUGAUAGACUAAAAUAUUAUCAUAGAAAAUCAAAAAGAUUAAAUCAAACUAUUAGAUCUUCAAUUAACGAAUGAAAGACAAUAAAAUAAAAUUUUGAGCAGCUAAAUCGUAACACUUGAAUCAUAAAUAAUCAAUUAAAGCCAUGAUUUUGAAGAUCUUUUGGAAAACCAAGCUGAGUAAAUCUAAUGCUAAAAAAUAUAAGGCGAGAGAAUAGAUAGAUUAUAGCAAAGAUCCAAUUCUUUAGACCAGAGUUUAAAAGGUUAUAGCAGUUAAAAAGAUAAUAACGAACUUUUUAGAACAAACGAGAAAAAGAUAUAAUUACUCAAACACAAUACUUCAAAUAACAAAAAAAACAUAUGUAAUUCGUGCCUUAAAAGAUUUCAAGAUAACUUUAAUUAGAUAAACUCAGAAAUAGUUCAAAACAGUAAUAAUAGUAAAUUAAAUAACAACAGUGGUAAUGAUUUUUCUAGAAAUUAUGGAGGACUACUCAGCGAGUUAAUUCUUGAAGAUAUUAACUUGUAUCAUGAUAAAUACUCUUCAUCAUCUAAGAAUUAACAAACUUUCUUAAAAUAAAAUUACAAGAAUCACAUUGACAAAUUUAAUUUUAGACUUAAAAAGAAAAAAUAGCUAAUAGAGAGAAUAUCUGGAAAUAAAAACUCAAUGUCUGUACCAACCGAUGAUAAUUAAGGGUUAUAUUCUUCUUAAGGGCUCACAAAAAGUGCAUCAGCAUCACACUAGGAGAUUUCUUUAAAUGAAUUCAAUGAGAGUAAUUUAGCAUAAAACGAUGAGCAUACGAAAAGUCAUAGCAAUAAGCAUUAUAGAUAAAUUUUAGAUAAAUUUAAAUCUGAUCUGUAAUAUGAACACUCUAUCAAAAAUAGACUUCAGAAAAUAUCUGAAGUUUAUGUAUCUGAUUUUUCUAGUUAUGCAGAUAAUUUAAAUCAAUUAUAAUAAAAUAAUAAUUAAUCAUUUGAAUCCAUAGUCGUAGUAGAUUCCAAACCAGAAAUUAAAAAUAGGUAAAUGAAAGUUAUUCUCAUGCUAAUAUACGUUUUAAUUAAACACCCAAAGUGCUUACAAUUGCUAACUACUAAACUUUUUAAGGGAAUAGAUUUGCAAAGUAGCACAUAAAUACCUAAGAAUCUUUUUAAAUUUAAUUUACCAUAAUAGACAGCUCAUUAAAAUAAUAGUUAAUUUUAACUACAAUCCUUCAUUCUAAAAUAUAUUAAAUAUAUAAUUUACUACUUUAUCUUUUAAAUGUUCUCUGCAACAUUUAGAAUUUGA